AUGCCUGCUCCAUACUCGGACAAUCUCUACUCUGACCCGGACCCUGCAGACGCCGGCGCUGCUGCAGCAGGCCGCGACGACGAUGCUUCUGCCGCCUCAGCCCUGUCCCCCUCGGAUGGAUACUUUCGCGAGGAUGACUCCGCCGCCGUCUCCCCUACUUCCCAGCAGCAGCAGCAUGCCUCGCGUCGCUCGGGAAGCACGCCCUACGUACCCAACGUCCUGGUCGAAGAUCCCACCCUCACCAAGGACCCCGACUCCAAGGCUCAGCUGGCGCAGCGUUUGAUAAAUAGCGACGUUGCCGUCGGUGAUGCCGCCCCCUCUACCUCUUCUCCCCAUUCUCCUCAUCACAAACCCCAGUCGUACUACCACACCUCCGGCUCGCCAUCCGUCUCGGGAGCAUCGGUUGCCACACCCAGCACAGCUUCAUAUUCCUACGCACAAAGCAGCCGUCACCGCUCGAGCGUACAGGACGGCCCUUCACAGCAGCAUCUUCACGUCAAUACCCCCCCCCAGCACCAGCCGUCUAACUACAACGCACACCCGUACAACGGACAGGGUGACGCGCCGCCUGCGUAUACUCCGUCGUCACCGGAUAACAACGCUAGCACCUUCAACUACUCUACCUUUCCUUCGGCGACGUCACCUAGGAUGGGCGUGCCCGAAGAACACGAUAGACUCUUGUCACCUCACCAGCAGGAGCAGCAACCCUUCUCUGACCCCCCAAAGCAACCUCUCUGGCAGCGCAUCAGAGACUCUCACGACUCGGGUUAUCUUCGCAAGAAGAUUAAGACGAUACUUGGAAUCCUUGUCUUUGUUUCCAUUGUACUCGUCUUUAUGGGCGUCAACAUGUCCGGCCCUUCAUAUAGAAAACGAAUCAUUGACAAGUCGCCCAUCCGUAUCCCUGAUAUGGACGAAAGCGAGCUGGUCUGGCACCCUGGCAGGUCCUGCCGCGACAGCCCUCACAACUACCCCAAGGAGACCUUCCAUGCCAGCCUGAGCUCUGACCGUGUGCUCUUCAUCGAGCAGACUAUGCGCAAGAAAGGCUGGACGGGACCCAGCGGCCCUAGCCCGAACGUCAACGGCGAAGUUAUUCUUCGAUCGACAACCUCCAGCAAGGCGGAAAUCGACGUCGAAAUCAUUGCCAACUACAAAGACUUGGACAUUGAGGUUGAAUUCAGCAACAAUGGCGGUACCGACCACGUCAAAGUCACCACGCCACGCGUCGUCCCUGAUCACUCGUCUCGCGACGUCUGCAUCCAGAUCCGCGUCACCGCCUGGGUGCCCGAAAAAGCCCUCGUUAAUGCCCUCGCCGUCAACACCGUCUCCCUGAAUGUCUUUGUCCAAGAGGGUCUCGCCCUCGGCGCCGAGAACGAGGUUGACUUUUCCACCAUUGCCGGAAACCUCAUCUUCCCCCCCAACGACUCCGACGUCGAGCCCUACAAGAUGGAGGCCCCUCGCUACAAGUACUCGACCGUGUCCGGCGACAUCAAGGGCUGGUUCCCCAUGUACCACAAGCUGAGAACAACCACCGUCUCGGGCGACGUCUCUGCGCAGAUUACCCACAAGGACGUUGUGCUCAAGGCCUCCGAGUCUUGCCUGCUGGACGUCUCGUCCGUUUCGGGCCAGCUCAAGAUUGACGACGGCAGCAAGCGCGCGGAAACGGACGGUGCCAAGGUGCCUCCCCGGGACUACCUCGUCAAGCUGGUGACGACAUCGGGCGACAUUACCGCCAACCUGUUUACCGGCUCGUCGUCGGAAUUCUCCUCGACCUCGGGCGACCUCAAGCUCGAGCUCGUGCCUGUGCUCGACGAGCGCUGGCUGCACACCAGCUGGCGACCGCUGCUCAAGACAGAGAGCACCAGCGGCGGCCACCGUGUGCAGGUCGCCGAGCCGCACUUUAUCAGCAUCCCCGACAAGAUGAACCCCCACGAGCGGCCUUCGCUCCCCAAGACGGACGAGGACCACAAGACCAAGGAGGAGCAGGAAGUCCGCGAGGCGAAGCGUCGUCGCUUCGCCGACAAGAAAGAGCGUGGCCUGACGGCCCUCGAGUCGCGCCACUCGUCCAUCAGCGGCAACCUGCAUCUGUUUUAUCCUGCCUCCUGGGAGGGCACCUUUUCCGCGGAUACCAUGUCCUCGGACAUUACCGUCCGCGGCAAGGAUGUCGUCGUGGAUAAGAAGAAGGGGGGCUUCGUCGGCAAGACCAUUUCCGGGCACAAGGGCGAUGGUGCCUCGUCGAUGAAGAUUGAUGAGUUGUCGGGCAAUGUCAUGUUGACUAUUGGACAAGAGUAG